AUCUCACCCCGUCUCUUACACUCAUUUAGCUCUCUCUCUCUCUCUCUCUCUCUCUUCUCACCUGUUAUUAUUACACAUCACUCUCAGUUUACUAUUUGCUCUCUCUCCUACCUCUCCCCUCCUAUAAUAUCCCCCUGGCCUAUACAACUUCCCCAUCUCCCUUUCAUUCCUCAUUUCCCCAUCUGUCCCUCUCCCACCUACAUCCUUUCAUACGUAUACAUAUAUCUAUAGAGAGAGAGAGGGGUUAUAUAUACAUAUAGAGAGUGAGAAUGAUGCAUAGGUGCAAUAGUAAUCAUGCAGUAGGAGGAGCAUGCACAUGUGGUGUGUACCACAGCCAAAGUAAUUCCUUCUCAAUGCUAUUCUCAAUGUCCAACCACAAACCCUUUGAUUACGAAUACUCUGAUAUGUAUCCAUUUAACUCCCCACCUUCCUAUUCGUCAGUCGAUUGCACUCUCUCUCUAGGAACCCCAUCCACUCGUCGAACCAGUAAUGGUACUACUGAUAACAAGCGAGAAGUGCCCCACCAUGAUCAUCAUCGACGGUCUAGCUUUUGUUGGGAUAUAUUGCAAAACAAGCAUGCCUCUUCACCUCCACAAUCUCACAGAAACAGCUCCGCCGGUGGCGGCGACCCGCUCCUUGCACGGCGGUGUGCGAACUGCGACACCACCUCAACUCCUCUCUGGAGAAACGGUCCAAGAGGCCCCAAGUCACUUUGCAAUGCAUGUGGAAUCCGAUUCAAGAAAGAAGAGAGGAGAGCGACGGCAUCCGGCCCCAAUGGCGGCGGGGUAGCUGGUGCUGCAUCAGGGCUAAUGGAGCCUCAGCAGCACAUGAUAAACAACAAUUCAUGGGUCCCCCAGUACUCCCAGUCCCAGAAAGUCCCUUGCUUCUCUCCGGCUACGGCCGCAGGCAACGAAUUCCGGUUCAUCGAUGGCGGUGGCGUCGAUUCUGAUUCCGGCAUCAAUCCCUUCCUCUCUUGGCGCCUCAAUGUCGCGGACAGGCCUGGUCUCGUCCAUGACUUCACCCGAUGAUUAAAACACGUGAGCCCCCCGCCCCCCCCCCCCACACGAUACACGUUCGUAUGAUCUGUGACGUUGUGGAUAUUCUUUGCUUCUUCUGGUUUGGGAAAAAGCAUGCCGUUCAUCUUUGAUAGAUGUAGUGAAAAAAUGAGGCAAUUCCUAUGUUGUUUGAAUGUCACUUUAAUUUUAUAUUUGGCUUCUUUAACUUUUCCUUUGUCAGUCCUACCCGUAUAUGUAGUAGUGUAUUCUCUUUUUUCCCCUUCCCUGGUUAGUCUACUUCACAUACUUUUCCGAACGGAUAUAUAUUAUAUUUGAUGAAUGAUGAUGGUGACAGUUAUGUUACACGUAUCUUAAUUCGACUG